UGUCAUACACCAUGUCCCAUGCAAAUCAUCUGUCGUGUUGUACGGACAUCAAACUCUACGGAAGCGGCGUGUGUUGUUUUGAGAUAGUCAGAUUGGCGCUGAAAAGGAUAAUCUCUAAACUAUUAAAUGGAAAUUGAAGAACGUGUGUGCCGAACCUGCCUCAGGGGAGACGCCAAGCUCGUCCCGCUGGACGUGAAAUUUGAGAAUGAACUUCAAGGAAAGAAAAUGCUGGAAUUCCUCAUUGGAACCGACGUCCUUGACUGUGAGGCUUUCUCAGGAAUUUGUGAACCCUGCAAGAGCACCCUCACUGUGUCCUGCAACUUCAAGCAGCAGUGCAUGGUGUCCAAUGAGAAGAUCAUUGAGUAUUUGCUGGAAAAGGAACAAAACCACAACGUAGGAGAAGAUGAGAAUUCCCAACUCAAGGAUCCUCUCAGUGAUGAUGACGAUGAGAUUCCCGCCGAGUUAGUUGUUAAAGAAGAAGAUCCUGAUACAUUCCAUGAAGCGGCUGAACAAUUUGAACUGCCCAAAUCUUCCGAAGGAAUUGAUACCACAAAGAAAGAGAAAAAGAAGAUCAAACCAAGAAGAUCAUCAAGAAUUGUUGAGAGGAAGUGCAACAUUUGUCAACUUGACUUUCCAAAUGUUGCAGCAUAUCAGGAGCACUACAGGCGGAAGCACAGAAAAAAGCAGAACCAAAAGCCUCCAGGAAUGAUUAAAAAGAGGGGAUUGCUGCCAAAAUCCGAGAGGAUCAAUCACUGUGGCAUUUGCGAGAAAUCAUUUAAGGGUCUCAGUAAUUACCAAGAUCACUGCUACAGUAAGCAUACACCAAUACCAGGAACAAGAUCUAGAGCCACUAACUUGUUGGAUGGGUUGGAAGACAAGAAGAAAUCAACCAAAAAUCCAAAACAAAAUAACAAACUGAGUACAACAACCGAAUCUCCAGAGAAUCAACAGAAACCAAGAUCUUGCCUCAUAUGCAAUAUCUCCUUCCCAAGUGCUAAGGAAUACUAUGUUCACCGCCAAGCAGAGCACCACAGUCGUUUUCUCAAGAAAAUCAACAAGAUCAGAGAAAAAAUUGUAUGUGAGGAUUGUGGAAAAUGCGUCCUCCGCACUGGUAUUAAAAAUCAUCGUCUUACUCAUGCUGGGCACCUGUUUCACUGUUCCCUGUGCGGGCGUGGACUUAAAUCAAAGACUAAUCUUGAAAUUCACAUGAGGAUUCACACGCAAGAGAAGAACUACACGUGCAAGUACUGCGAAAUGAGCUUCAUUCACAGCCAAACCCUCAAAGCGCACGUUAUUAGAUUCCACGAGACGCACAAACAGCCCAAAGAGGUCUUUCAGUGCACCAUUUGUGAUUCUAAAUUUAACCGGAAGUAUCGCUAUGAGUAUCACAUGCGACGGCAUCGUGGAGAUCUUCGACAUGAAUGUCCCACGUGCCAAAAGAGAUUUGUCUCAAAAUACGCAUUGAACGUACAUUUGGUAAGUCACACAGGUGAAAGGAAUCACAUUUGUACAGUUUGUGGUAAAGGUUUUGGCACAAGAAAUGUCCUAAACAUCCAUAUGGUUACCCAUACGGGUGAGAAGAACUACGAGUGUGACGUAUGCGGCAAAUCCUUCACACAGUGCCACGUCCUGCGCUCACAUAUGCGGACUGUUCAUCCGGAACAUCCAGUACCUCCGCCACGGGCGAUCCUGAAGAAAAACUACAAAGGCAACUUUUUCUCAAAUACCCAAAGUUCCACCCAGAUCGCGAAAAAUGAUGAAAAUGAAGUCCAGGAGUUUGUUGAAGAAGAUGGAGCUUAGGAGUUUGCAAACGGAAGUAUUUCACAACGAACUGAUUGUUUUGUAAACUGAAGAAUAAAUGAAUUAAGACAAGGUUAAAG